AUGGCGGCUGCUUUACCAAAUAAUCCCGAUCUGGAAUGUUGUAUUUGUUACGAAAGUUUCAUAACCCCCAAAAUCUUAUCGUGUGGACAUUCGUUUUGUCUCAAGUGUUUGGUGAGCUGUAUUGAAGGUAGAAGGGGGACAUUUCCAUGUCCACUUUGUAAACAGGAUGUUACAAUUCCACAAGGUGGUGUCGACAAGUUAGCUACAAAUUUUGCUUUACAAACAUUGACGAAUUCUCUUACAACCCAACCCUCAGCUAGUCUUAAACCAAAACAUCAUUGUCCAAAUCACAGUAAAAAGGAGGUAGAAUAUUAUUGUCAAACUUGUAAUUUAGGAUUGUGUUCUAAAUGUAUUUUAAAAGAUCAU